UUUCAAAACCCGAUGAUUCCCAGAAUUCAAAUGUUAUUGCAGCAAAGAAUUCUCUCUUAGACAUGGCGCCUGACAGCGACAGGAAGCGCAAACGCCGUUUCGUUUGCCUAUCUUCCAGUUCAUCAUCAGAAGAAAGUACCGACGAUGAUGAAGUUGAAGAAAUCAGUGGGGAUGAAAGCAAUUACAGCGACGAAGAGGAGGAAGAGGAGGACGGCGGCGAGGAGGAGGAGGAGGAGUCAGUUUGCGAAAGAGUCAUUUCUCUUCUUAGAGAAGGGAAUGAAUUAGAGGGUUUAUAUUUAAAACAUUGUAAAGCCUAUUUACGCCAUUAUGGACUUAGGCUAGCUGGAACCAAGGCGGUCUGUAUUCAGAGAAUCAAGGAGCAUUGGAGGUUAAAGGAUGAAAAUGGAGAAGAACUUUAUCCAAGGUCGUCGUUUUUAAUAAAUUGUAGAGGUGAUGUCUGUAAAGGAGAUGUUGUCAUGUUUGUGCAGAAAGUUUAUUCGAAAUUUAACAAAGUGACAAGACAUGGGAAGAUUCUCGGGAGAAGAACUGUAGCAGGCAGGGUUGUGAAGGAAAGCUAUGGUUCUGCCAAACAACAGCAUACAUUUACGGUUGAAGUGCUGUGGAGUAAAGGAGUUAAGAAACUGCCUCCACUUUCUCCUCUGCUUGUGAAAGGCCGGAAUCUCUACAAAUUGAGAACUUUCAGACAAUGUUGGAUUAAUGAAGCGGAAAGACAGAAAGUCCUUGCUGAAAAGCACAAACGAGGUACAGCGGCAAGACUUAUGAGAACAAUGAAGAAAUCUGCGAUGGCAUGGUCUGAAAAUGGAGAUGCAAAGUGUCAUAAACGGGCCCAUCACAGAAGACCAUCUCAAAUGAGAAAGAUGACUGAACUAGAAAAGAGGAAGCGUAUUGAUGGAUGUAGAAGAGACACGUUGCAGCUACCCGAAACAUUUAAAAAUCAUCACCAGCAGGCCCUGGCAUCACUGGAUGUGAACAGAAAUAUGAACUUACACGGAUCUAAAACUUUUUGGAAACAUCGAAAACGAGGAAACAUCAAUGUGGAUAUGGGCCCAACUCUGCAGGCUUAUGCAUGUACUACCCAAUGCAUAUCACAAAUAGAACCUCAUCAAAGGAGUGUGCUAUGCCAUUCCUCUCGAUAUGACACAGACUCCUCUUCAACUGUGAUGGCAUUGCCUACUUGGAGGCCCUAUGCCGAUACAAUUGGGAUGCAUGCACAAUAUCAGGGUUUUAGUCAAAAACAGUAGAACCAAUUAUGACUAUGCAAACUUUUAGCUAGAAGUUUGAAAGGAGGAGUUUUCAUCGUUGAGAAGUCAUCAUGUGGGAUAUGAAAGCUGAGUUGGCCAGAAGUAACCAAGUUUUGCUCCGGUUAGUAAUUUUCCCACCUGGUUGAUACAUCUUAGUCAAACAUUUGAUAUAUGAAACUACAAUUGCAUUCAUCCGUCAAGGGCUAACCGGGUUAAGAGAAGACAGAAUAGCAGGGCAUGGAUUUUGUUGAUCAUGUAUCAGUGAUAUAUGCGAUGAUUGUGAAAUGAGAUAAAUGGCGUGAAGGAAACAACCACAGCUUUGUGUUGAUGGCUUGACCUAUUCAAAAACAAAUACCAUAUUCCUUUCCUGCAAACUGCGAGAGCUAUCCAUGAGAUUGCAUCCAUCAUGCAUUCAUGAGGUAACUUUUGCCGUUGCCUAUGCACGCACCGAAAGCUUGAUUCCAUGGUCUGUCAGAGUUCUAAGCCUGGGAAUUGGUGCCAGCUAUGGUAGUUAACCACGUCCCUUUUGCACAAACAUUUUGUUCAACGUCAUCUGGUGAAGUGAACACUUUUCUUUUAUAAUUGCAUCAUGAAUGAAGACAUGAACAAGAAGAUACACAUUCC